AUGAGAAUGCUUCUUGGUCUCUUGUUUCUCCUCUUGGCCGUACCCAACUAUUCAAGUGCAACUUAUUGUCUAUGCAGAGAUGGAGUAGGAGAGAAAGAGCUACAAACAUCAAUAGAUUAUGCAUGUGGAGCUUUAGCAGAUUGUAAUCCAAUCCAUGAUAAAGGUCCUUGUUACCAACCAAACAAUAUCAAAAGCCAUUGUGAUUGGGCAGUCAAUAGCUAUUUCCAAAGAUCUGGUCAACUCCCUGGAAGCUGUAAUUUCUCGGGAACUGCUACUACAAGCCCAAAUCCUCCUUCAACUGUGGUUACUGGUUGCAUCUAUCCUUCAAGCCCUGGAACUGCAGGGACAACCCCGACGACCGGAGCUCCUCCGGGAACACAGACGUUUCCGGGACCUCCUGCAUUUGGUCCGACCGGAAAUAUAUUUCCUUCAGGGAAUAAAGAAGCUUCUUGGAGUUUGUUUGUUUCAAUAGCACUCAAACUUGGUUUCUCCGUCAUUGCGUUACUAUAA